CAGGCGGCUGCUGCGCACAUUCGUGAGACAUGCCAAAGUUACAAAGAUACCGAGGAGUAAGGCAAAGGCACUGGGGCUCAUGGGUCUCCGAGAUCCGCCAUCCUACUCUGAAGACAAGGAUAUGGCUGGGCACGUUUGAAACGGCGGAGGACGCAGCUAGGGCCUACGACGAGGCGGCGCGGCUCAUGUGCGGACCGACAGCCCGGACCAACUUCCCCUUCGACCCCAACUUCUCGUCCGUCUUAUCACCGAACCUCAUGGCGAAGCUGGAGCGGUGCUGCUCCGCAUCCGGGGACGAGAGCAGGAGAGGCAAGGCGACGCCGAUCGGAAGCCAAGAAGACGUCGCCCAGUGUACGGAUGAGGAGUACAUCGAAGAGAUGAUCCAGGAGCUGACUUACAGUGGCUCUCUAGAGAUAUCUACCUCUUCUUCGUCUUCAUCUUCCUCUUCCUGUUAUGUGAAAUCUUGUGGGUAUUAGUGCAAAUCAACACACUCUUCAAUCAUAUAUGUAUAGUGUGCCAUGCUCCUCAUCGAGUAGUCUACUGUAUUCUUCUCACUGAUACUUGGUGUUGUGCAGCAACUCUUGAGAUGAUGCUUCUCCUACCAAAGAGACUACUUUAGUAUUUUGAUUAGGGUUUCAGUCUGAGUAAGGCUGAGUGUUGGGGGAUUAGCAGCUAUAUGGCCAGAUAGAUUAGAGUAGUCUCUGCUUAGGUUCUUUAGUUAGUAGUUCUUUUAUUCAUUGCAUUAGUACCUCUUGUUAUAUUAUUGGUCUUUGGAUUUCUGAUCUAUCCUCUUUGGUUAA